AUGGGCCCCAAUCGAGCCAAUGUUCGCGGGCUGCCCCUCGCCGCCCUCCUGCUGCGCGCGGCGUCCAGCACGGCGCCGCCGAACGUCGUCUACGUGCUCUCCGACGACCUGCGCGCGGACCUCGGCGCCUACGGCCUGCCCGUGGUGACGCCCCACAUCGACGCCCUCGCGGCCGACGGCCUCACCUUCGCGCACGCCUUCUGCCAGAUGAGCGUCUGCAGCCCCUCGCGCCAGAGCUUCAUGACGGGCCUGCGGCCGGACACGCACCGCGUGUGGAACUUCAUCGACGCGAACCCGACGCGGUCGCGCUCCGUGGCGGGCUGGUUCCGGGACCACGGCUACGCCGCGCUCGGCCUCGGCAAGACCUUCCACGAGGACGCGGGCGCGUGGAACGCCGACGCCUACUGGAACACGACGUUGUCGCCCUACUACCCCUACGAGGCGAACGCGUGCCCGAAACCGUCGGGCGGCGAGGGCGGCGGCCACUGCGCGGAGCCCGAUUCCGCCAUCUACGACGCGCGUCUGUUGAACGCGACGCUGGCGGCGCUCGACGUCGCCGCGGCGCACGAGCCCUUCUUCCUCAUGAGCGGCUUCCGCGACCCGCACGCGCCCUGGGCCGCGCCGCAGCGCAUGUACGACCUCUACGACGAGGGGGACAUCGCGGUCGCGGCGCACCAAGUCCUGCCGGCGGGCGCGCCGCGCAUCGCCUGGUCCAACUGCCUCGACGUGCGCCUGGCCAACGGCACGUCCUUCGCCUACGGGCCGGAGACGGCCGUGCCGGACUGGGUCGCGCGGGACCAGCGGCGCGCGUACUACGCGGCGGUGUCCUACGUCGACGAGCACGUCGGGGCCAUCGUCGCCGCGCUGCGGGACGGCGGCAAAUACGACGAGUCGAUCGUCGUCUUCCACAGCGACCACGGCUACCACCUCGGCGAGCACGGCGAGCGCGAGCCGGCGUGGGAGAAGAAGUCGAACUUCGACCUCGCGGUGCGCGUGCCCCUCGUCGUCAAGACGCCCUUCGCGUCGCGGUUCUCCCCCGCGUCGCGCGGCCGGAAGACGCGAUCCUUCGCGGAGCUCGUCGACGUCUUUCCGACGCUCGCGGCGCUCGCGGGCCUCCCGGCGCCGCCGGGCGUCGACGGCGACGACGUCUCCGCGGUCUUCGAACGCCCGGACGCGCUCCUCAAGUCCAUCGCCUACCACCAGUACCCGGCCUGCGACGCGCCGUCGCUCAACGCGACGCGGUCCGAGUGCAACGGCGUCGCCCGGGAGAAGUUCGACUUCAUGGGCUACUCGCUGCGCACGCCCGCCUGGCGCUACACGCUGACGGCGCCCGCGGCGACGGCGGCGACGGCGACGAGCGCGACGGCGAGCGGGCUCGGCCACGCGCUCGCGAGUUCCGGCGCGGCCGCCGCGGGCUCGGGCGCGGGCGCGAAGGACACGUUCUUCUUCGCCGUCGCGGGCGCGUUCUUGAGCGGCGGCAAGGCGGCGUUCUUCUUGAGGGUGGACCGCGUGACGCGCUUCUCCACGGUCUUCUCCGGCGUCGUCUGCUCGGCCGGCGGCGGCGCGUUCUUGAGCGCGGACCGCGUCGUGACGCGCUUCUCGACGGUCUUCUCCGGCGUCGUCUGCUCGGCCGGCGGCGGCGCGUUCUUGAGCGCGGACCGCGUCGCGCGCGGCUCCGGCGCGUUCUUCUUCGGCGUCGCGGUGUCGAGGGCCUUGUUCUUCAGCGCCGAGCGCGUCGCGCGCUUCGGCGCGGCCUUCUCCGGCGUCCCGUCCUGGUUCUUCAGCGGCGUCGCGGUGUCGAGGGCCUUGUUCUUGAGCGCCGAGCGCGUCGCCCGCUUCUCGGCCACGGGCUCGAGCGCGUUCUCCUUGCCCGGCGCCUUGCGCGCGGACGCCUUGCGCGCGGAGCGCCGCGGCGCCGGGUCGUCGAGGGCGACGGCCUCGGCGCCGAGGCCCGACAGGCGGCGCGACCGGCGCGACGGCGUGACGGCGUCGACCAUGGUCACCGCCCGAUCCUAA